UCCAUUUGUUUCUGGUCCCAUGUGAGCGUCCCUCGAAGGCCGCAUCCGCAUCCCCCUAGCCAUAAACAACUGCGGCAUUUGCCGACCCUGUUGCUAUACGCCUGUGAUUUUUCCUUUUCCAGCUCCUUGUUUUUCAUUUUCUCCAGCUUAAACAGACUUAAUAGUGGUUUUACAGUUUGCGGAAUCUUUCACUCCCUGUACCAAUUCUCCCUUUUUGGGGUAGUGGGGUUUUAGAAUGUGAAAGUUGUAUUUCUUCAGCCCAAGCCAUGAUAUUCUCAGCAGAAGAAUGGUGGGUAUGUCUAAUAGAUUCUCGGUUCAAAAGGAAAAAAAAAAAAGCUCGUAAUCAUUUUUCAUGAUUGAAGUGUGUGAUUCUCAGAGAAAAAGCACUGCGUUUCAUGUUAGUUGUGGUCAAAACUCAUCAUAUGCUUAAUUUCUGCUGAACUACAUCCUGGGAACUGGGAAGAUUUGAGGCUACUUUUUUUUGGAGCUCGACUGUAAGCUUUCCUUCACUUACUUUUCAUGUGAAAGAAAUAUUUCCCUCAAGGAAUUAUUUGAAGGUUAUUGGUUUGGUUCUGCCUUUGUGAAAUGGGAAUUUCUGUUUGCGUUGUGUCAAGGAUAGAAUAGAAGUACUUAGAAAGUUUGAUAGCUGAUGUAAUUGUGAGGAGGAUGAAAUCUCUGAGUAGUGUAGGACUUGGUUUGAGUGUAAUCUUUGGUUGCCUUUUCUUGGCUCUUGUUGCUGAGCUUUAUUAUCUGUUAUGGUGGAAGAAGAGGUUUACAGACAGAGAUGUAGAAAAUGACUACAGCAGCCCAGCCAGAGAGCUAUUUUACAUGUUUUGUUGGAAAAGGUCAUCUUCUUUAAGGCACUCAGCUCUAAAUCCUCAAGAUCUAAGUUCAUCAGUACGAUUCACAGAAACAAUGAUCCAUGGCCCAGAAGCACAGUUCAAUUUGCACCCAAAUAAUGAUUUCUUGCUGAAACCAUUUGGAGAAGAUGGCAUAGAGACAGAGUUUAUGAGGCUCCAAACCCUGUCAGGCCCACCAAGAUUUCUCUUCACCAUAAUAGAAGAAACCAAGGAAGAUUUAGAGUCUGAAGAUGGGAAGUCCAGAAUAGAUAAGAAUGGAAAAGAAUCAAGAAGUAGGAGCUUGAGUGAUCUGCUUCUUACUGUGGAAACUCCAUAUAUGACACCAUUAGCUUCUCCAACCCUUUUCACACCUCCUCUCACUCCUGCGGACUCAUAUAAGCCCCAUGGAUUCAACCCUCUCUUUGAAUCAGUAUCAGAUGCAGAGUUCAACAAGUUGAGGUCAUCUCCUCCUCCAAAAUUCAAGUUUUUACAGGAAGCAGAGGAGAAACUCAAGAGGAAACUUAUGGAAGCAGCAGCUGAGAAAGGUGUUCAUAAUACAAGCGAGUCUGUUGAAGAUACAAGAACUAGAGCUUCAAUGCAGAAGUUACUUAAAGAUGAGGAGGAGAAAUCUUAUAUUACAAUUGUUGUUGACAGGAGCAAAGAAGGGGAGCUGAAUCACCAUCAUCCCUGUACACAACAGUAUCAUCAUUCAAGUUCUUCUUCACAGGUACUUCCCUUGCCAUCUUCACCAUCAACCUUCAGUUCAUCAGUCAACAAGAACCAAUCUAACCAUUAGGAUUGAUUCACUUCACCAAAGUCGAAAUGGGUUUUAAAUUUUAAUUUUAAUCUUAAUCCUCUUCUUUGUGUUGGGUUAAAGUUGUUGCUUUUGAAGUGUUUUAAGGGUGGGAAUUUGUAGGCUAAUCUGCUGCAUUUGCAAUUACCUUUUUCGACUUAAAUUUGAAGGGCAGCAUUCUCUAGAAAAUGAUGUUGGGAAAUGGGAGGUGGGCCUGAUGCAAGUGGAUGGAUGACUUGUGGGAUAUUUGUUUUAUUCAAUCUCCAUGUCUCUUAAGCUUGUCUACCUGAAAGUCUUCUUGUGGCUGAUGGUAAUACUGAAACUUGGAGUAAAAAGAGCUCUGUAAAAUCCCUUUUUGAAGGCAAUGAUCUUCUGCUGUAUCUUUCAUCUUCCUCCUCUCCCCUUUCCCUUGUUUUUUCUAUCUCCAUCACAUUUGAACAAAUCCAUGCUACAUAACCAUAAUAGAAAACAUAAUUUCUACCUAGUUCGAAAAUAUCCUCAAGUUUUCCUGUAGUCAAGCUUCUCAACAUGUCAGUAUACCUCAGAAAUAGAAAGAGCUACCAUGCCUACUCCUCCUGAAAUUCUAGGGAGUCAUCAAUAGUCAGAAUAGAUUUGUAGACCAGGUCGCUGAUCAGAUAGGAUUAAAACCCAAAAAUUCUAGAAAGUCAUCAAUUGUUAGAACAGAUUAGUAGAUUAGGUCGACUGAUCAAUUAGGAUUAAAACCCAGAAAUCCCUGUUACUUUUCCUAAAUUAGAACUUUUGUGAUCUCGUUGAGCUAGCCCGGGAUGAACGAAGUGGUGGGUCAUGAACAUAAUGCAAAGAGUCGAAAAAUGAAGUUGUAUUGGUGGGUCAUGAACAUAAUGCAAAGAGUGAAAAAUAAAGUUGUAUUCUUCCAUAGCAUAACUAUAUCUCCCACCAUACCAAAAUUAUGGUAUCAAAAGACUAGACUUUCCCUCCUCACCUUUUUUAUCUUUCGAUGAACUGGCAAAGGGUUUUAGGCAUUUAGCAGUACGUGGCUUGCAAAAGUACCACUGAGAAGAAAGAGACAAAGGUGGAGAAGAGAAGGACAGGACAGGUUUUAGAUGCUUUUGCCUUUCUCUUUUUUUUUUUUUCCUUAAAACGACAAAGGGAGGAAAUUGCCCGUGAAAAUGUAUUGUCGGAAUAGGUUGCUUGCUGCCCUGCCCCCACCUUGAAGAAUCAUCACAGGCAUUGCCUUUUGCCUGUGUUUCCCAUAUUUUUAAAGCUGAAUCAUGACUCUUGAACUUUAGUGGCACAUGUACUCAUAAUAUUUGUAUUUGCUCYAUGCCCUCCAAAAUAUUUCAACAGUACAAAUCUCUCCCACUUCACAUCAUGGAGGGUAAUAAUCUUACUGUUAUUUCGUAAUUAAUUGGUUUCAUUUCA